AUGUUGUGCAGGAACUCAGUAAUAUUGAAAUAUGGCGCGAUUGCUGUGCAGAGUGCCCUGCGAAGGAGCUCAUCAUCAAAUUGUGGGAUGCAUUUUGAUUUGACUGCUGAGCAGCAACAGUUGCGUAACAUUGUACGUAAAUUCGCAGCGGAGGAAAUCACUCCAGUUGCCGCAGAAUACGACAAAACAAUGGAAUUUCCUUCGGAUGUCAUCAAGAAAGCUCAUGCUUGCGGUCUUCUCAACUCUAAUAUUCCUGAGAUCUAUGGCGGUGGCUGCGUUUGUGACGGCGCAAUUAAUGCAAGGGUUGUUUUGCAAGGGUUCGGUAGUCCUCGCAAGGCUCUCACUACUUCGUCGCUUCAAGCGCAGUCGCUUAACGCACCAGGCUUCUGGUUGUUUAAGUUAUACGGUCAAGUCAAAAUGGCCGUGGAUGCAAUUACGGGAAGCUGUGGCGCGCGAGGUGACACAUUGAGACUCUCGCUUGGCUCUGCAGCCCGAGAUCUGCCAAGAUCCAGUCUAUAA